GUGGAACUGGAUGAUCUUUAAGGUCCCUUCCAACCCAAACUAUUCUAUGAAUACAAAAGCCAACGAUUUGUAUUGGAGCUGAUCCAUUUAGGAACAGGAUUGGAUGAAGUGACUCUUUGCCAAGGCAGGGAGCAGAGCUGCCAGCCCUCCCGGGGCUGCGUGCUGAGGUCCGAACCUUCGGCAGUAACGUGAUGGUGGGGAAGGCGUGGGACCGCAAAAGUGCAAAACCUUCUGAGGAAGAUGAUGCGUGCUGCUACUCUGUAGAUGGUAACACAAAACACCCAAAAGCAGAAAGAGCGGGGGAAGUCCACUUACUCACUUGAGCUGCUGAUGAUCUAGAGAGGAUGCUGCGAGCAUGUGGGAGAAGGGCAAAGGGAUGCCAGUCUCUGGCAGUCCUUGCGCUGAGAUUUUGCGUGUGGUAGUUAAACACCUUCCCCACAAAGGUCUGGCAGAUGAGAUGGAAUCCUCCCUGCUUCCUACAGUUCUGGGUUCUGGUGGAUGCUCUGGUAGAUGAAGCAGGAUCUGCUUGUGGAGAGAACAAGAAAGGAGCCUCUUUCCUCUUGUCCCCUCACCACAAUGUCUCACGUGUCAAUGCAAAAGCAGAACCCCCUCCAUUUUACCGAGUGGCAGUAAAAAGACUGUGUGUGCAACCCUCGCUGCAGGCGCUGAGGAAGCAUCCAACACCCCGAGGGUCCAAAGGCAGCGCGACACAACUCGCAGCUCUCCUGGAUGGGUGAAAGCACCGGGAGGAGGAAGAGGAGGAGGAGGAGGGUCUACUAAAUGUCAGCGACACCAGGGCGCGUCAUGAGCUUCUUGCAGAGGUGCAGGAAGUAUAAAAGGCAGAGUUUCCCAAAGAGGGUCUCCGGCAGGAGCUGCGGUGGGUGGAGACUGCGCUGGAACUUGCGAUGCUCUUGCUGACCUUGUGACUUCAUCUGGGUUUGAAACAAGACCAUGGAUGGCGGUAAGAAGCUGAAAGUCACCCUUGUUUUCAGCCUUCCUCUAAUUUUUCAGUUCUGUGCUGGAAACAACGUCACUGAUGACUACGAUGACUCCAACGCCACCAUUGACUACACUAUGUUUGAGACCCUGUGCGAGAAGGAGGAAGUCCGUAACUUCCGUGCUGCCUUCCUCCCAGCCAUGUACUCCCUCAUCUGCUUCACGGGGCUGCUGGGGAACGGGCUGGUGAUGCUCACCUACAUCUACUUCAAGAGGCUCAAGACCAUGACGGACAUCUAUUUGCUGAACCUUGCUCUGGCAGACAUCCUCUUCCUGCUGACUCUCCCCUUUUGGGCCACGAGUGCAGUCAUGCACUGGCUUUUUGGGGAGUUUGCCUGCAAAGCUGUUUAUUGCAUCUGCAAAAUGAGUUUCUUCAGUGGGAUGUUGCUCCUCUUGUCCAUCAGCAUCGACAGGUACUUUGCCAUCGUUCAGGCUGCCUCAGCCCACCGCUUCCGUCCACGGAUGAUAUUUAUUAGCAAGGUCACGUGCAUCCUUAUCUGGCUCCUGGCCUUCAUCCUCUCAGUGCCUGAGCUGGUUCACAGUGGUGUAAACAGCCCAGACCACCAUCCUCGUUGUUCGAUCAUUGCUAAUGACUUGCAGACCUUCAACACUGGCAUCAAAGUGUCCCAAAUGGUCUUUGGCUUCUUAUUUCCCCUAGUGGUCAUGUCUGUCUGCUACCUCCUCAUCAUCAAAACAUUACUCCAGGCCCGCAACUUCGAGAAGAAUAAAGCCAUCAAGGUCAUCAUCGCUGUGGUAAUUGUCUUCGUUGUCUUCCAGCUGCCCUACAAUGGCAUCAUGCUGGCCAAGACCAUCUCAGCCUACAACCACACCAGCUCGUGUGAGGAGAGCAAGAAGCUUGACGUGGCAGAUGAUGUGACCUACACUCUGGCCUGCUUCCGAUGCUGCCUCAAUCCUUUCCUCUACGCUUUCAUCGGCGUCAAAUUCCGCAACGACCUCUUCAAGCUCCUGAAGGAGCUUGGGUGCCUGAGCCAGGAGUGCCUCUGGCAGCUGUCUAAGUGCCGUGAAAGCAAGAGGUUUUCCUUUGCCAUGGAGACAGAGACAACCACCACCUUCUCCCCAUGAGCUGAGCUCCAGGGAGGCUUUGACCAAGCUGAAAGCUGGAGUAGAGAGACCUGCCGCUACUGCAGGAAAGGCAGCGGUAAGAGGGAAAACCAGGAGCCUCCCCAUAUUUCGGGCAAUCGCCACCAGCCAAAGCUCCCAUGGGUGGAGAGACUUCAAUAAAGUGGUGACUAAUAGCAAAGCAAAGGAGAGGGAGGCUAGCGAGUCUAGAAUUCAUCACCUCUAUUUUAGUCUGUCUUAGUCAAAAUGAGAAACGCUCAAACUAGAACAUUUUCCCAAACUUGACAAAUACCAAGAGAAGCAGACACUCACGCAACAGAACUGCUUGAUUUAGAGCUGAACUUCCAAGAGUCUCAUCCUUGCUUUGAAUGUUGCUUUUAACAAGACUUUACCUAUACUUUCACACCCAAAAAUGCUGCACUGACUGUCAGGAAUACAAAUUCCUCUUCACUUCUGCCUGUAACCGGUCUUUUCGCCUCUAAAGAAGGUGCAUCCUAAGGAGCACAACUUAUUCCAUCCCAACGUUGACUCGAAUUCUCUAUUUCCAGAGUGGAAGAGCACUUCUAAAAUCUCCUUUAGCUUCUGGAAGGGCUUCUUCCUGCGCAGGGGCAGCCACCACAGUUUAGAUUCAAACCUACUGCACAAAGACAAAUCAGCUACCAAGCCCAAAUAACCAAUAUCUUUCCAAUCGCCAAGCAUCCAAACUUAAACUAAGAAACAGAUACUUCUGCACCAAUCCAGCCAGGUGCUCAAAACAUAUUUUACCCCCCAGACAUCCAACCUGUCCCAAUGCCCACCCUCGCUCCCAAUGUGCCAUUUGCUCACUCACUUGGUGUAAAUGUGGUUUAAUGAACCGGUAGCAGAAUCCUCAGAAUCUUAGAGUCAAGCUCAAGGAAAAUCCAUACGCAUUUCUUCAGGCAAGAACGCUCAAAUUGACAAUAUAUUUGGACCCAUGGUCCAACCACUUCAGUCUUCCAGUAUGAAGUUUGCUUUACUGGUGGCUGCAGAUGCAGCCUGCUGAGAGUCACAAACACAUGGUGGGCUCUCACGCUUGCUUACCUCAAGAGAUAAACAAGAAUCUGACUUUUCAUCUCCUUUUCCAAUCCACAAGUCCUUUUAGGAGGAAUUUAGCAGCUGGCUUUUAAGUCAGACAUAUAUUUCACUUAUAAGCUAUGGAAAACGCGUUUUGCGUUCAUGCUGUCAAUGCUGAUAAAGAUACCAUUCAUUGCGGUUUGAUUUAAAGACAAAGGACAGUCCUGUGAAGAUUACUGCCAGGGUCACGUACUCGAAAGGAACACAGCAACCGAACACGGGAUUAUCAUCAUGGAAAAUAAGACCUUGAAAAGAAGCCUGGAAUGGAACGCCGGUUGGUGCUUUUACCAGAAGAGCAAAGAUUCCUCUCCACGGAUGAACGCCCCAGGAACUGCUGUUGUGGGAUGUCUGAAUGUCAGCUGAGGAGGAGGUGCUGCAGAUGUUUGUGUGUCUGUUAUUGCCUUGCAUGCUCCAAUCCCUACAGCACACAGCUCUCCCUGGAGCCAGGCGUCGGUGGCGAGAGGUCUUGGCCAGGAACCACCCUUCGUGUGGUUAACUCAGAGGUGCACAGCCUCACCUUCCAGUGUGGUAGAACAGCGUGGUAGAAACCGUAAGGCACAUUCCUUGGACGCAGAGCAAAACACACUUACAAAAAAGACAUUUAUACUUUCUUCAUACGUGGAUCCAUUAGGAGCGAUACACGGAACUCUGGAUUGAGUUGAAGAACGUUGCUUUGGAGACUUGAGAAUUCAAAUCAGCCUUCCAAGGAAAGAAUUCAAUUAGCUGGUUUUGAGACAAAGUUGCUGGUUAUAUAGCUGGCCACCAUCGUAAUUAAAUAAGUUCUUGUUCAUAAACCAUUUGACUCCAGGGUAUGGGGGUUUGCCAAGAGCUGGGAUUCAGGAGGAAAGCACAUUCUGCUCUGCAUUACAUACCUAUGCUGAAGCACAAGUCCAUUCAAUCAUUUAACGCCUUUUCUCUUACAAUGCUGAUGUGCAGAAGCGCUGCUUCUCUGUCACGAGAACAGGGGGUUACGACUGACACUGAAUAGUCACUUGUCCUUGGUUUUAUCCCUAGGAUCCUUAAACAGGAUUCUUUCACUAACGAGAACUUUGCCGGAGAAAGGAAUACCCAUAAUAUAGGGUCUCUUUAAGUUUUCUUCAUCAGUAACAAUAAAUCCCUAAUGGAUAUUCGUAUAUGUAAAGCUGCUUUAGACAGAAAGAGUGAAGUAUGUACACGUAGGUGCCCUGAAAACACUCUGCUUUAACCAAAACCUGUGAUGCAGAAGACAUUCACCUAACUUAUUCUAGCAAGGAAAAUUGCUUCACCACAACAUGCAAUCGUACUUGUCUCCUGUUAAAAGCCAUCCCUGAGGGACUGCUUACAAAAGGCUUGGAGGGAUAGGAUGAGGGGCAACGGGUAUAAACUGGAGAGGGGCAGAUUUAGGCUGGACAGAAGGAGGAAUUUCUUCACCAUGAGAGUGGUGAGGCUCUGUAACAGUUUGCCCAGGGAAGUUGUGGCUGCCCCAUCCCUGGUGGGGUUCCAGGCCAGGUUGGAUGGACCCUGGGCAUCUGAUCCAGUGGGAUAUCCCUGCCCAUGGCAAGGGGGUUGGAACUGGAUGAUCUUUAAGGUCCCUUCCAACCCAAACUACUGUAUAAUUCCUUAUCAACUGGUUGUUUUCUAAACAGGAAAACACACAGCUAUUUCUAUGCAAGUGAGAUAGAGUCAUGCAAUGGUUUGGGCUGGAAGGUAUGUUAAAGCCCAUCCAAUUCCAACCCUUGCCAUGGGCAGGGACACCUCCCACUGGAUCAAGCUGCUCCAAGCCCCAUCCAACCUAGUCUUGAACACCUCCAGAUAUUAAAAGCAUCAUCUGGGACAGCUGCAUCUGGUGCCUCCUCAGCAAGAGAGCAGUCACUUUAGCAUGCCCGGCUUUUUGGUUUUAAAUUUAAUAGACAGAACAAAUCUGCCACUUAUUUAGAUGAAUCUUGUUAACAUAGGCCUGAAAUCCUAACUUGAGAUUUCCCCAUGAAGUCUGAAAACUGAUUGUAUUCUGCUAUUUGUGGAAAAUAAAU